UGGUGCUACAACUCUCAGCGUGAAAAAAGAUAGACCUCGUGGCACCGCUGGCGAGGGUUUUGAAGUUGUUUUUUUUGAAGAUACAAUCAAGUCCUUGCGAGCAACUUUAGUACUUCGGUGAUAGAUCAGCAGACAGCAUGUCAGGCUCAGCCCGCGGGCGCGAACAGUACACCUACUUUCAGUACGACCCGCUGGAAACGGACCGCUCUUCAACCAUCAUCUCAGCCCGUUCCGAAGACCUGCACCUGCGCUUGACCCGCAGUCGCCACCACCAGGAGCGGCCUCUCUACACGGUCAGCGAUGAUGAUGGAGCUGCACCAGGCCGUGUCAACUUUCGCAGGGAUCUUUUUCAUGGUGGAGAGCGGAAGAACAAGAAGCAGCACCACCGGCACAGCGAUCAGCAUCGCCACCACCGACGGAGCCACUCGGCAUCAUCGUACGUGAAGCGGAAUCAUGGACACUCGUCCUCUGACAAGCAGAGACAGCGGAACAAUACCCACCAUAUUCACCGUGAUGAGCUGUUUGUGCCCCGGAAUGCGCCAGUAUGCAUUGCAAAAGUAUCGUACUCGUAUAAAUGCAUUGCAAAUUUGCUCAGCGUGAGAAAUAGAAAACGCGGAUUUGCCUUUAGAAAAAAAUUUGUAAUGCAUGAUUGCAAUACGAGUACGAUACUUUUGCACAGGAUAGCGAGCGUACUACUACAACUUGCAGGAUGGUACCGUGAUUCCGGCGGCUUCGCGACAUGCCGAGCGGCUCCUGGUGACACCCCCGCCGCCCCGGAGGGCCAUCAGCCUCUCCGUAUGCUGUGCAAAAGUAUCGUACUAGUAUGAAUCGCAUUAGAAAUAAUUGGCUCAACAUUACAAAUGUAAUUUGUAAUGCGGAUUUCCCUUGAUUACUAGAUUUGCAAUGCAUGACUGUGAUUAGAAGUACGAGUACGAUACUUUUGCAGUGCAUACUCCGCCAGUCCGUAUAACGACGUGAGAGCGGCCGGGAAGGGCUCGCCCAUGAUGCAGUACCCGCCGCGGUCUUUCAUUUUCGAUGCGUAUGAACUGCAAAAGUAUCGUACUCGUAUAAAUGCAUUACAAAUUUCUUCAGCAUGAGAGAUAAAAUUUGUAAUGCAGAUUUACCUCAAGAAGUAAUGCAUGACUGCAAUACGAGUGCGAUACUUUUGCACAGGAUAAUGCGCCCCGCAUGUCGGCCACCUACACCCGCGUGACGCCGCGCACCGCCUGGGCGCAGACACUGCCGAUAGGGCCGAACCCAGCUAGUAAAUUGGACCACUUUACCGAGUAUGCAUUGCAAAAGUAUCGUACGAGUAUAAGUAGCAUUACAAAUUUCCCUAAGAAGAGAAACGCAAUUUGUCAUGCUGGAUAAGGUAGACAGUUAGAUUUGUCAUGCGUAACUGCAAUUCCCCUACGAGUGCGAUACUUUUGCAAUGCAUACCGAGUCCACUUUACACCCAACCAGGGACGUGGUGACGAUGAACCUCCGCAACGUCCGUGGUUCUAUGGAUUGCAGAAAUGUCUGGGUCUGGAAGAAUGCAUGAGUUUGUCAUGCAGAUUUUGCAUGACCCAUGAGGUCUGUGAUGCAUGCCCUAGCAUCAGAGAUUUUGCGAGGGCUUUCUGAUGCUC